AUGUCGAGAGCCACCUGCGAUUUUGAGCGGGGAAUGAGUAUCAAAAACAUGAAACAGAUAUGGCAAGCACUUGGUAUCUUCAGCCGGCAUGAAGAUCGGAGGGCAGUCGGACGUAUUGUUGAGCUAGUAGUCUACGCUCCUCUCUACGGUACUUACUUUUAUAAAAGGCAUUCUCACUACAGAGAGUAUAGACUUCGCAAGCCAGAUCUUUUACUAGCUUUGUCUACUCAGCUUAAUGAGCUCCCAGCGGCUGUAAGGGCUCAUGUUCCAGAUGAUGACGAGCUUUGUAUGCGCCUAUACGAUCUUCUCCGAUUCAUGCGAUAUACUCAUUCCGAGCAGGGGUGGAAGCCAGAGGAAUGGGACUUUCUAGAGAGUGUCACUCAAUGA